GCAGGGGCGGCCUGGCUUCCUUUCUGGUGUUUUCGCUGGGUAGCAGCCUGCUCAGAGCUCAUCAGAAGGCUUGUCCUCAUCCCAGGCAGACAGCAAGCCAGCCCUCCCCCCAGACCCCGAGCUUCCCCAGGCCACCUUCUCCAGGAGCCUCAGACACUGCCCUCCACUAAGCAAGCUUGCAGCUGGCCAACCAUGGUCCCCACAGAAGCCGCAAGUCUGAUGCCUAAUAUGCCAGAUGACUACGGCUAUGACGCCACACCUUCCAUAGAAGACUACGGGAACUUCACCUUCACUGACCUCUUCUGCAAGAAAAACCAUGUCAGGCAGUUUGCAAGCCACUUCCUCCCGCCAUUGUACUGGCUCGUGUUCAUCGUGGGUGCCGUGGGCAACAGUUUGGUCAUCCUUGUCUACUGGUACUGCACAAGGGUGAAGACCAUGACUGACAUGUUCCUUCUGAAUUUGGCAAUCGCUGACCUUCUCUUUCUUGUCACCCUUCCUUUCUGGGCCAUUGCCGCCGCUGACCAGUGGAAAUUCCAGACCUUCAUGUGCAAAGUGGUCAACAGCAUGUACAAGAUGAACUUCUACAGCUGUGUGCUGCUGAUCAUGUGCAUCAGUGUGGACCGGUAUAUCGCCAUUGCUCAGGCCAUGAGGGCGCAGACUUGGAGGCAGAAGAGGCUUCUGUAUAGCAAGCUGGUUUGCUUCACUGUAUGGGUGAUGGCGGCUGCACUCUGCAUCCCCGAACUCCUGUACAGCCAAGUCAAGGAGGAACAUGACGUUGCUAUCUGCACCAGUUACCCAAGUGACGAGAGCACCAAUCUGAAGUCGGCUGUCUUGACCCUGAAGGUCAUCCUGGGGUUCUUCCUCCCCUUUGUGGUCAUGGCUUGCUGCUACACCAUCAUCAUCCACACUCUGAUACAAGCCAAGAAGUCCUCCAAGCACAAGGCCCUGAAGGUCACCAUCACUGUGCUCACUGUCUUCGUCUUAUCUCAGUUUCCCUACAACUGUGUUCUGCUGGUGCAGACCAUCGAUGCCUACACCAUGUUCAUCUCCAGCUGUGCCGUUUCCACUAACAUUGACAUCUGCUUCCAGGUUACUCAAACCAUUGCCUUUUUCCACAGCUGCCUGAACCCUGUUCUCUACGUGUUUGUGGGUGAGAGGUUCCGCCGGGAUCUUGUGAAGACCCUGAAGAACUUGGGGUGCAUCAGCCAGGCUCAGUGGGUUUCGUUCACAAGGAGAGAGGGAAGCCUGAAGCUGUCGUCUAUGUUGCUGGAGACAACCUCAGGAGCCCUCUCCUUGUGAGGGACCUUCUCCCUGAGGUGGAUGGUCCUUUUGGAAGUAAUAAGAAAUAACAGCUUCCCUACCCCUGGGACCAGAGGGAAGCCAGAGAAGAAAAGGAAGUGAGAGAAAAAAAAAAAAAAACAAACUCAGAAAAGGAUGAAUUUGAAUAACAUCAUGGCUUUUCAACAGGAUUUGCCAAGCCAGAGUUUUCAAAAUUGACUGGCUGUCCCAGGACACUGUUGACUGGCUCCUGGCUGCAGUACCUGCAGUUUUCAAAGGACUAAUGAGCAGCAUCGCAGGCCUCCCUGGCUUUACCACUUGCCUGAGCAUUAAUGCAGCUGACCUCUGGAGGAGGCGUUUGGUUUCUCAGUGCACUAUGAAUUGCUGUGGCUCCAGUUCUGAGAACACAGAAGCAUUGACCACUGCCACAGUUCACAAAUGCACAAGGCUUCAUGACAACUUCCAUCUGUGAGGAAUUUCUACCCUGGUUUGGGUCCUGAUACCCAUGCCAGGUCUUAGAGAUUCUUGACCCAGAAUCUUUCCAAACAACCUCAGAUCUAAUUUCCUUCUGGUCUCCAUGAUCUGUUUUGGGCCAGCGAGGGUCCUCACUCCUGUUUUGAAACUAUCUGCAGCACUGGGCACUGAGCCCCUGGGCAACUAAACAUACCAAGCACGUCCCUGGAUUCUGCUGGCUUUCAAGCCACUUCUGCUGAAGGUGCUAUGAUUCCAGGUCUGGCUGCAGUGCUGAUCUGGGCAAGGAUGCAGCCUGUCCACUGGUGUCAUGGCAGUGGUCCUCUCAGCCCGUGUGGGAGAUUACGAAGUUGAGCUGGUAGGAAUGUGGCUCUGUCAUGGACUCAUUCUCUAGAGCACCCUGCCUGAUUGUCCACUCUGACUGCUCCCUAUAAAAUGGGUUGGUCCUAUUGGGCCUCUUGUUUCUGAGGCCACUGGAAGGAUAUUUGCCCCAUGCUUCUCUUUUUUAUACUGUAUAGUGCUAACAUGUUUAAAAAAAAAAAAAAAGCGCUUUCACCUUAGAGAUUAGGCUGAAGAAAAAGGGAACAUAAUUCACCUUUGCUCUUUGUCUUUCUUUUGACUAUUUGGCAAAUGUACCACAUUUAAAUUUCAUUUAUUGGAAAGGUCGUUUUUUUAAUAACUGCUUAAAAAUAUCCAUUACUUGUCACUUUCUUCACCCUGUCGCUAUACAUUAAAUGUGUACAGCUGGAGAUCAGACAGCCACAUUAGAGUGAGAAGAAUAAGAGACUGGGGCAAGGAAAUAACUUUUCAUAAAUACCUUCAAACAAUCUGAGCUGAUCAGUUUUUAAUCUUUCCUCUGGUUAAACUUAUCUUCUAAGUUUUUCCAGGUUAGUUCAAUGGAAUUUCCAAAGAGGACUAUUACAGCAGCAUCACAAACCAUCCUGGCUUUGCCACUUGCCACAGAAGAAGCACCUGAUUUUCCUUGUGGGCUGUGAAUUGCUAGUUUCACUUCCAAGGAGGACACAAAAGCUAGGGAUUCUGCCAUAUUCUCCUUGCCUAUGUCUAGACUACAGGUUAGUAAGAAAUAAAGUGAGCAGAAAAUGGGCAGAAACAUGGGAGAGCAAGGUUUGAUGACAGGGCUCACCAACCCAUCCUGGGUGUGGGCUUUUGGUGGCAAAUAAGCACUGGCCAUGGACCAGCACAUCAUCAUGGGCCCCGGCACAACAAGACCCACCUAUGGUCAAGUGGAGGAUGAAUUCCCCAAGGCAGUCCAUGGACAGAGAUGUUCAUCCACACAGACACCCUUUCCAGAAGACGCAGACAACCCUCUGAGGAACUUAGAAGAAUAAACAACAGGCAUGGGCCAAACUUAAAUAACCUUGUGCAGUUAAGUGGGAGAACUUAACUGAGCUUGGCUUUUCCAUCCCAUGUCCUUUCGGUACUGUGGUUCUGCUACUAUACAUCAUGGGGGACCUGGUGGAGCUGAGCAUGGAGGGAGAGGAGCAAAGAGGAAGGGCAGAGGCAUGACUGUGCCUGAUGAAACUACUCUAGUCUAGAGGCCAUCACAAUGAAGAUUUAAUGGGAGUUUAGUGGUAGAUAAGGCUUUGGCCAAUGCACAUUGGCCUGGGGGAAAAUGCCAGGGGCUCUACUUUUUCCCCUCUGAUUUUUAAGAGAGGAGAUGUGGGAACACCACAAGAACAACAAACCCUCUGUUGUGCCCUAGACCACACCUAGAUCCAAGGUCCCUUAGGACCUGACGGUCAAGAUUGAACUGUCCCAGUCCUAACACAGCUCCUAUGUAGGAUUAAAGACAUGCUGCAGCUGUAUUAUAUUUUAAAGAUUUAAGUAUCCUUUGCUGGCAAAUUGUCUUACUUUUUAAAUGAUUGCAUAAAAUAGGGCCAUUAAUGUUCAAAAUAAACUAGGUUUUAGUAGUUGAUUUAUCCUAAGAUAAAAACGCUGGAAGAAUCGAUACGGAGAAAUCCAUAAGAAAGUUGUGAUCCAUUCAAUAUUUCUAAAAAUUAGGCUGGCUAUGUGACUACUUUUUUGAAAUAAUGAUAA